CGCCCCUCUCCUGGCUCGCAGGCUGGAUCCCGGGCCAGCUUUGGCACCUUCCUCCAGUCAGUGACCAACUCGUAGCCCAGUGAGGUCCCUGCUCACCCUUGGGGUUCCCUUCCAGCCUCGCUCCCGCCACUACCGUGAGCCUCGCGGCCGGCCGGCUGAGGAGACGCAACGCGGGAGGAUUCCCGAGAAGAAAGACCUGGCUGGGUCGGGGUGGUGUCUGCGGCGCCAGGAAAGGAGGUGGCGGCGCCGGCGACCACGGCCGCGCGGGACGUGAGGCCCGAGAGCAGCCGACGGCGGCGGUGGCGGCUGCCGCUCCAGCGCCUCGCGCCGCGGCCGUUAGUCAGCACAUCGCGAGCACGCGUGGGGGACCCGGGCCGGCGCGAGGCGAGAGUCGGGGGCGCGAGCCGGCCGCCUCAGGCGCCGCCGUCCUUGCCCGUCCCGGCGCCGGGGGCCGCGGCCUCGCCCCCCCUCCUCAGCCGGGCCCGCCCGCAGGCCGGGAGAGUCCGGCGGCGGCGCCGGUGAGGAGCGCGCCUCGUCGCAGACGUCGCGUCAGCAGCGCCUCCCCGCCGGCCUUUUCUCCCUGACGCCGCGGCUGCGGCCCCUCCGGUGCAGAAAAUGAAUAACCUUUCUUUUAGUGAGCUAUGCUGUCUGUUCUGCUGUCCACCUUGCCCAGGGAAAAUUGCUUCAAAAUUAGCAUUUUUGCCACCUGAUCCAACCUACACGCUGAUGUGUGAUGAAAGUGGAAGCCGCUGGACUUUACACCUGUCAGAACGAGCAGACUGGCAAUACUCUUCUAGAGAAAAAGAUGCUAUUGAGUGUUUCAUGACUAGAACCAGUAAAGGCAACAGAAUUGCCUGCAUGUUUGUGCGUUGCUCACCCAAUGCCAAAUACACUUUACUUUUCUCACAUGGAAAUGCUGUUGAUCUUGGUCAGAUGAGCAGCUUUUACAUAGGACUGGGAUCACGGAUUAAUUGUAAUAUAUUCUCAUAUGAUUAUUCUGGAUAUGGUGCAAGUUCUGGGAAACCAACAGAGAAGAACCUCUAUGCGGACAUAGAAGCUGCUUGGCUUGCUCUUAGAACAAGGUAUGGCAUUCGUCCUGAAAAUGUGAUUAUAUAUGGCCAAAGUAUAGGGACAGUACCAUCUGUGGAUCUUGCUGCUCGGUAUGAGAGUGCUGCUGUUAUUCUUCAUUCUCCUUUGACCUCGGGAAUGAGAGUUGCUUUUCCUGAUACCAAGAAGACCUACUGUUUUGAUGCAUUCCCAAACAUUGACAAAAUAUCUAAGAUAACCUCUCCAGUAUUAAUAAUUCAUGGGACUGAAGAUGAAGUCAUUGACUUUUCACAUGGCCUCGCAUUAUUUGAGCGUUGCCAAAGACCUGUGGAGCCUCUGUGGGUUGAAGGGGCAGGUCACAAUGAUGUGGAACUUUAUGGACAGUACCUUGAAAGGUUGAAACAGUUUGUGUCACAGGAACUGGUAAAUUUGUAAAAUAGUCUGUAAAUUUGCAAACUGGGUUUUCUUUUCUUGCUGAACUGCACUCUGUGGUAAAUAACAUAAAACCUGAAGGUUUUGUUUGCAAAUCAUGUCAGUUGCCUUCAUAAAUGUACAGGUAAUGAUUUGUUAACAGACUUAAUGAAGGUUUUAAUUACCAGAACUAGAAACUGGAAAUAACAGUAUCAUGCAGUCAAGCUGUGUAAUUUAUAUUUUUUCUGUGAAUUUUUUUUUAAACAUCAAGAUGAGUACUGUAUAAAAUUUUAAUUCUAUAAAAUCAAAUGCUGUAAAAGUAUUGCCAAAUGCUUUUGCAUAUCAGAAACAAAUUUAUAAAUAUUUUUAAAACAUCUCAGUGUACUAAAUCUUUAUCCUGGUAUACAAAUGUAAUAUUCUUUCAAUAAAAAGCUGUAUAUCUAAAAUAAUUCAAGUACUCAUAACAGAAUACACUGUAUAAAAACAUACACAUUCACUAGAUAUGACCUAAACCCUGUUGUACAGGGAUAGAGGUUUAAGUGGUUAUUUUAUUGUAAAAUACAUUGAAUUUUCUGUAUUCUCUGGUUAUCAUACAUUCUAUCCUUUUAAAAAAUGAUGUCAGCCUUAAUUUUUAUGCCAUCUGUUAAUUUACCAACUAGUUGUGUUGUAAAUGAAAAGUCAUAGCAGCACUGAAUUUGGACUAGUUUUGACUUUUAAGUUUGGUACUGUGAGGCAACUACUUAAAGUUUUCAUUUUAGUUAUUUAAAUGGAAUUUAGAGCUUCAAGAAUGAUUUGUAUGCAAUGUUGUUUUAAAUUUUGACUUAAUCUCGUAGAAUUAUAGUGCUCUUCGCUAUAAGAAAACCUGACAGCCCGUUAGAUGUUCUUCAAUACCACAGGCAGACUGGCGCUCUGGUCCCUUUUCACUGGAUAUUUUUAAGAAUAGGAUCUUACUGUUUUGGAUGACUAUCUGAGAAUUCCAGGGAUUCGCUCCUGGAUGCAGGAAAUAAGAAAACAUUUAAUUCCUAACUUUCAUAUUAACCAUUGUAGUAAAAAAUAAAGAUCACACACAAAAACUAAGUUGCCUUUCCGUGAAUGAAUCCUGCCUGAAUAAAACAAUGAAAGAAAAAUAAAAAAUAAAAUUAAUGGUAUGUAGCCUAAUUUGUAAAUGAAUGAAUAUUGAAAUAAUACACACUGUGGAUAUAUUUUAAGGCCUUAUGUAGUUUUAAUUGUUCUGCUUGUUCUGUGGUUAUGUCUAAGACUAUAGUAUAUGAUUCUCUUCAAAGUAUAUCAAGUAUUGUGAAUGCUUUGGUUCAGAUGUGUCAAAUUAACAGUAAAAACAACAAAUAUACCACUCAGCUGUGCUUGUUUGCCUUCUUCCAUGCUUCCUCGGACCCCCAUAGUGGAAAAAAAAAAUCAUUCAUCUUCAUAGACUGUAGUUCUAUAU